UCCAACCGUCAGGUGCAGCAGGAGGCAGACUGAAUUGCUUCCUUUCUAAUGCGGGUGAACUGGUGGAGCAUUUUGUGACUAUGGCGAGUGACAGCUGUAACGACGGCUUCGAAAUCGAUUCUAAGCAGCUCCAAGCUAAUGCCACGACGGAGUAUUGCUUGAAGUUACAGCGGUGGAUGUGGGAGCAUUACUGGGGCUAUGCUAGCUGGCAGAGCUGGCUGGCUCUGUCCGCCUUUCCUUUUCCUCCGCAGGGCACCGCCGCUCAGACACUAGCUGCUCGUGCUUCUAGCUCGGUCAGCGGACAGCAAGCGUCCGACACUGUGAGCUGGUACGGUCACCCGUAUGCCUUCAGACCCCCUGGGUCAUUCCCUCCACAGGCGGAGCAGCGCUCAGCCGCGGGUGAGGAGCGGAGGCAGCCGAACGGGAGUCCACCACCGGCAGGACGAGAGUACACAAUCCCCUCGCCUCUCCAGAGGUUCCUGGCAGAGACUGUGGAUUUCCUCAUCCUGUUCUGUGUGAAGGCCACCAUCGUCUUAUGGAUAAUGCAUCUCUGUGGAAUGAAGGACAUUGCCAAGUUCAUCACCCACUUCAUUAUUGAGGAGAUCGAUGAGAACACAUCCAUCGAGGACCUGCAGAAAAUGAUGGUGGUCGCUCUGGUUUACAGGGUGCUGGUCUGUGUCUACGAGACGGUUUGUAUUUGGGGAGCUGGAGGUGCGACUCCAGGAAAGUUCCUGCUCGGUCUGCGGGUGGUGACCUGCGACACCUCCACCAUGGUACGACCCAACCGCGUUCUUGUAGUUCCAGCAUCCAACGUCUCCCUCUCAGCCUCCACGGUGCGGGCACUAAACAAGAACUUCUCCAUCACUUUCCUCUUCCCCAUCUUCAUCACGCUACUCUUCUUCCAGCACAACAGGACUGUUUACGACAUUGUGGCCGGCACCAUAGUGGUUAAACGCAGAGGGGGUUGAUGGGUUUCCCCAUGUCACACACUCCGCUUUAGUCACAGAGGGCAAUUGUUUAGUUUCUAAUAAAAAAACAAAUAAUCUAUUCUAAAUGUAUAUUUUGUUACACUGAAAGAGACGUGUUUGAACAUCACUAAGCAGAAGUUUGACUGCGGUUGUAAAGGACAUUGAUACAGAUAUGGUUGCAGAAUAUUUUUUAUUAAAAUAAAAAACUGACUGCACUGAGAAGAUUUCAGUUUCCUUAUAAGUUAUGUAAAAAGAAUAAUUUAUUUGCCUCCAUAAAGGGGGAAAAAAAUGUGUACAUCUGCUUUAUCGCUCUUACAUAUACAAUAUGGAUGUGCUAUUUUUUUAAAACCGUUUUUUUUAAAGCCAAUUUAAUCAUUCUCAAAUCCUAAAUAAUACCUCUCCAUCCAAUCGUAUAAUAUAGUGUUUAUUGCCUCUAUAGAACUAUUUUUCUAUAUAAAAGAGCUGAAUAUUAAGACUUUUGCACUAAACUAUAUUGUAAAUGAGCCAAACUUGGGGAGCCUAUAGAUGGGCAGAAAAAUCAUCAAUGCGAUCUAAGUUCAAUGCUCAUGAGUUUGUGGAUCCUUUGAGAGGCACCAA